ACAAAACGUUUUUUAUUAUAUCUUAAUAAAAACUUAAGCAUUUGUAUCUAAGAAACUCUCCGUUAUCUAUUUAUACCAACGCAAUGCCAACAAUUGGAGUUAAACGUGAUCUACUCUUUGAGGCACUAGGAAAGAAGUACACCGAUGACGAAUUUCAAGAUCUGUGCUUUGCGUUCGGCCUAGAGCUGGAUGAAGUGACGACAGAGAAGCAAAUGCUCACUAAAGAGCAAGGGGAUGUUGCGGCAGCAGCGGAUGCCAGCGAAGAAAUCAUCUACAGGAUUGAUAUACCGGCCAAUCGCUAUGAUUUGCUUUGUCUGGAGGGCUUAGUCACGGGUCUGCGAGUGUUCCAGGGCAAAGUGAAACCACCCAAGUUUGACUUUGUGGAGCCGGCGCAGCGUCAAGUGCUGAAAAUAGCGUCCUCGACGGCUCAAAUCCGUCCAUUCGCUGUAGCUGCCGUGCUGCGCAAUGUCACCUUUACGAAGGACUCAUACAACAGCUUCAUCGAUCUGCAGGACAAGCUACAUCAAAACAUUUGCCGGAAGCGCACGCUGGUCGCUAUUGGCACGCACGAUCUGGACACCAUACAAGGUCCAUUUAGCUAUGAGGCUCUGGCGCCGAAGCAAAUUAAAUUUGUGCCACUCAACCAAACUCGGGAGCUAAACGGCAUUGAACUAAUGGACUUCUAUGCCACGCACGCGCAGCUUAAGCAAUAUUUGCCCAUUAUACGCGAUUCGCCCGUUUAUCCGGUUAUCUAUGACGCGAAUCGUGUUGUGCUGUCGCUGCCUCCAAUUAUUAACGGAGACCACUCAAAGAUAUCGCUAAAAACCAAAAAUGUGUUUAUCGAAUGCACUGCCACAGAUUUAACCAAGGCGAAGGUGGUACUGGAUACAAUUGUGUGCCUGUUCUCCGAGCACUGUGCACAAAAGUUUACGGUUGAGCCAUGUGAUGUAGUGCAAACCGAUGGCACCAGCAUUUCCUAUCCCGAGCUGGCAGUACGUGAAGAGCGCGUUUCGGUAAAACGAGCCAAUGCGUACAUUGGCAUUAAUGAGCCCGCCAACAAGCUGGCGGACAUGCUGACCCGUAUGUAUCUGGAGGCUGAAGUGGAUGCUAAAGAUGGCGACACGCUAAAAGUAAAGAUUCCACCAACACGUCAUGAUGUCAUACAUGCAUGCGACAUCUACGAAGACAUUGCGAUUGCUUUUGGCUACAACAACAUCAAAAAAUCAUUGCCAGCUUUUAUGCAAAUUGCGAAACAGUUUCCACUUAACAAGCUGACUGAGCAGCUCCGGGAGCAGGUGGCCCAGGCCGGCUUCACAGAAGCGCUCACUUUUACGCUUUGCUCGCGCGAUGACAUUGGGCUCAAGCUUAACAAGGACAUUGAAGCCAUGCCUGCAGUGCAUAUUGGCAAUCCCAAGACGUUGGAAUUCCAAGUGGUGCGCACCACACUGCUACCGGGUCUACUGAAAACCCUGGUGGCAAAUCGUAAGAUGCCGCUUCCAUUGAAACUGUUCGAGAUUAGCGAUGUAGUCCUUGCCGCCGCAAACUCCGAGGUGGGCGCACGUAACGAGCGACGCCUGUGCGCGGUCAAUUGCAAUAAGAGUGCGGGAUUUGAGGUGGUGCAUGGUCUGCUAGAUCGUGUCAUGCAGUUGCUUUCUGUGCCCUGGAAGACGGGCAACGCCGAUCAGGGCUACUAUCUCCAAGCAGCUGAAGAUCCCACAUACUUUCCCGGUCGUUGUGCUCAUGUCAUGUUCAACAAUGCCGUCAUUGGCAAAAUCGGAGUGCUGCAUCCCAGCGUGCUGCAGGCUUUCGAACUAACCACGCCUUGUUCAGCGGUAGAGUUUACUAUUGAGCCCUUUGUAUAAGCACAGCUUAACAAUAUAAUUGUUCAACAUUUCACCAAGAGUCUUAAUAAAUGGUCACAA